UAAAAGGAAACAAUUUGGCGAGAUUUUCCCCCAUCCCCCCCCACCUUCUCUCUCUUCGCUUCUUUGCAGAGCGUCUCCUCAAUCAUUCAACCCUCUCUGUAAUGCCACAGAAUCCGUGCUUCUAACCAACGAAUAUCUCUCCAAUCAGCCGACCUUCUCAAUUUCUGGCUUUUGUACAUUUAAAAAUCUCCGUCAAGACCUUAGUCAAUGCCUUGUAGCUCCAAUGGCGACCUUUAAUUUUAGAUUUUUUUUCAAGCUGACAGUUACAGUCUAGCUUUUAACCUAGAGGUUGUCGACUUGUCAAUUACUGUAGCUCUUAUAAGUAAUUUUAAAAAGUAGAGCUCCGUUCGUCGGUUUUGAGCUCUACAAAUUCGUCGAAAUAAUUUUUUCUCUGUUUUUGGAGUUUUGAAGAUUCAGAAUAUUGGUGUAAGGUUCGAAUUGCCUAAAUAUAUGACCCCGACAGAAGUAGAGGCUCUUAUUUUCACCUUAGUAAAUUCUAUGACCUUAGCAGCAGUGAGCUAGUCAAAGAGAUGCUGUCAGCUUGCAAUUAGCUGGAAUGAAGACCUUACAGAGUGCACAAGAACAGUCCUCCACCCAAGUUUCGCAGGAUUCCCAAAGUGAGCAGCAGAAUAAUCACAAUAUAGAGCCGCCAGUAGCAGACUCUGGUUCAAAAUCUGCCUCAAGCAAUGAUAGCAGAAAGGUUUCACGCCAAGAUAUUGAACUUGUCCAAAAUUUAAUAGAACGGUGCCUACAACUGUAUAUGAAUAGAGAUGAGGUUGUUAAAACCCUCUUGACUCGUGCAAGAAUAGACCCUGGGUUUACAACGCUAGUAUGGCAGAAGCUGGAAGAAGAAAAUGCUGAUUUCUUCAGGGCCUAUUACAUUAGGCUGAAAUUGAAGAAACAGAUCCUCUUGUUUAAUUAUUUACUUGAGCAUCAAUAUCAUCUAAUGAAGUAUCCAGUAGCUACGAAAGUUCCGUUGGCUCCCAUACAAAACGGGAUUCACCCCAUGCCUGUUAACAAUCUACCAAUGGGAUACCCUGUCCUGCAACAACCCCCUAUGGCUACUCCUGGUCAGCCUCAUCUUGAUUCAAUGGGCUGUGGAGUAUCAAGCUGUCAUGUGGUUAAUGGAGUCCCUGCACCAGGAAAUUUUCAUCCCAUUCGGAUGAAUUCUGGAAAUGAUAUGGUGAUGGAAAACAGUGCAACUGACACAACUCAUGUAGUGCCGCCAAGCAGUACCAUUUCAUCCCUGUCUGAGAUGCCUGUGAGCCCUACAUCAGUGGCGUCUAGUGGCCAUUUUCCAUUUACUGCAUCUGACAUGGCAGGAAUGGGGGUAGACACAGCAUUAGACACAACAUUUACAUCUGAUGUGGCAAGCUCAGUAGGAUUGCAGCUUGGACAAGAUGGCGGGGCUGGGAAUUCCAGGUCAUUGGAUCAGAUUCAAUGGAAUUUCAGCCUUUCUGAUCUAACGGCAGAUUUGUCAAACUUGGGAGAUUUAGGAGCUCUAGGAAACUAUCCCGGUUCCCCCUUUCUGCCAUCUGAUUCAGAAAUUUUGCUUGAUUCUCCAGAGAAUGAGGACAUAGUUGAGGAGUUUUUUGUCGACUCUGUCCCAGGGCCACCAUCCCAGUCAGAUGAAGAGAGGUCCUAGUGUGAGGUUAGGCCCAUCCUUGUUCUCUUUGAAAUUAUCAGAAUAGAGAGAAAUUAGAUGAAUAAAAUUAAGUGUUUGUCAUCUAUUUUUUAGGAUUUAGUUUGUCAUUAUCAACAAGUUUGAACAAAUUAGAAGUGUUCCAGUGAUGUAGUCUUGAUGGUAUUAGUAUGCUAAUAGGGGAGAGUAAUGUCAAUAGUAGUUGUAAUUCUCAGCUCAGAAAUAAAGAAGGCAAAUUGCAACUUCCUACACCCUUCUCCCUUUUGUUGUUUAUAUUGAACUCUUAAACGGAAAGCUUGAGAGCAUAAUUUGUAACAUUUAUUUAAACUAAUUGGUGUCAUAAUCACCUUACCCUUG